UCUCUAUCGACAUAGAAAGUGACAACGUUUGUGAUCACGCUUGUUCAUUAAAUCCAUGGUGGAUAACAUCACCUCAGAUUCAGAGCUAAGCCUCAAGUAUUUUUGUGAUUUUUAAAGUGUUUUUUGUUUUUGUUUCUGGUUUAUUUUCUCUUACGACUGACAUCUCAACAACAUUUAUAUCUUCUACAUGGGAGUCAAUUGGAUUUAACAACGGGAGUUAAAUAUACCAGUGUCUCGUAAUGCAAUUUGAAAUUCAUUAAUAGCGAUAUGACGUUUAUAUUGCUUACAAUUAGAUAUUCAAUAUGAACUUCCAAUAUUACUGAGUUCUCAGCGCCGUCUGUAGGAGAAGUCGAUUGAAAUAAUCAUGACACGGAACCAGCUUGUAUUCAAGACAACUGUCACUGUCUUAGUUGUGGCAGUGUUUUGUUUCUUGCCCGUUGUGUUAUUUUGGAAGUUUUCGUGCCGUGAUUCGCCGCUCUCAAAAAAACCUGCCGGUAAGAUGGGGCCUUGUGGACCUCUGGCCUUCACGCGUCUCCGACUUCCGGUCACAGGCCUGGCCAGUUUCCCUGGGUCAGGUAACACGCUGUUGCGGUCAUUGAUUCAAGAAUCGACAGGUAAGGGAUAGUUUAAUGUAAACAUAAGGUGAUGUGACUAGGUGACGUGAUGAGGCGACGUGAUGAGUGAUUUGACUAGGUGACGUGAUGAGGCGACGUGAUGAGUGAUGUGACUAGGUGACGUGAUGAGGCGACGUGAUGAGUGAUGUGACUAGGUGACGUGAUGAGGCGACGAGGUGAGUGAUGUGACUAGGCACCGUGAUGAGGUGCCGUAAUGAGAGAUGUAAUUAGGUGACGUGAUGAGGUGACUGAUGAGGUGACGUGAUGAGUGAUGUUACUAGAUGACGUGAUGAUUGAUGUGACUAGGUGACGUGAUGAGUGAUGUGACUAGGUGACGUGAUGAGUGAUGUGACUAGGUGACGGAUGAGGUGACGUGAUGAGUGAUGUGACUAGGUGACGUGAUGAGUGAUGCGACUAGGAGUCGUGAUGAGUGAUGUGACUAGGUGACGUGAUGAGUGAUGUGACUAGGUGACGUGAUGAGUGAUGUUUAAUAGGUGACGUGAUGAGGUGACGUGAUGAGUUGACGUGAUGAGGUGAAGUGAUGCGUGAUGUGACUAGGUGACGUGAUGAGUGAUGCGACUAGGAGUCGUGAUGAGUGAUAUGAUAUGGUGACGUGAUGAGUGAUGUGCCUAGGUGACGUGAUGAGUUAUAUGAUAUGGUGACGUGAUGAGUAAUUUUACUAGGUGACGUGAUGAGUGAUGUGAUAUGGUGACGUGAUGAGGUGACGUGAUGAAAUGCCAUUAUAUCCUCAAUUCAUUUAACUGUCUUAAAACAUUGGUUAACAUUUUGUUUUGAUUAAUUUUUUAAAAGACUAAUUUGACUAUUAUUCCUAAUCAGAAAGUGACGCAUUCGCCACUAAGCCCCUGGUGUACUACUCCACAAAAAAAAUCAAAUUUCCACUCCUCUUUACUGUGUUUUUGUCUGGUUUUAGCGCACUCUCCUAUUUUUUUUUCUUCUUUUGGUAGGAUAUGUAUAUUGAUAUUAUGUACAUUUAAUUUAUACUUAUUUAAAUUUUGUUUGUUUGUACUGCUGAAGGCAUGUACCGAAACGUUUACUUGUGUUUAAUAUAUAAUUAUUAUUAAAGCGUAACCUAUAUUGUUAUAUUGACACAAUUUGUUCGUGUCUUAUUAAUCUACUCUCAAAUUUAGCCUAAUUUUAAUACUGUGUGACUUCUCUUCUUUAACCAUCGAUUUUUUUUUUUUUUAUAAAAGCUACUGUUUUGUACCAACACAAACACAGGCAUUUUGACCGGAAGUGAGUAUUUGGAUCAAGAGCUGGCCACGAGCGGGUUUCACGGAGAAGGGGCGACUGUGCACCACAACGGUUCUCACGUCAUUCUCAUCAAGACCCACGGCAGCGACGCUGGUACGCGGGAACGCUACGACCGUCUUAUACUUCUCGUACGCCACCCAAAGGGAGCGAUCUUGUCAGACUUUAACAGGGUGUACGGAGGCGGCCAUCUGGGGAGGGCCACGGGAGACCAGUUCAAAUGUGAGAACUACAAAUUUAGGUCGGGUGUUCGAUGAAAAAACAGAAAACCAGUUCGCUUUUAUUCUGUAGAGCAGUUGUCCUCAACCUUUCUAAUGCCGCGACCCUUUAUUAUAGUUCCUUAUUUUGUGGCGACCCCCCAACCACACAAUUAUUUUCGAUGAUACUUCAUAAGUGUAGUCUAUGUGUUUUCAGAUGGUCUUAGGCGACCCCUGUGAAAGGCUCUUGCGACCCCCAAAGGGGUCGCGACCCACAGGUUGAGAACCGCCGCUGUAGACGUUAUAGUGGAUUUAAGUGAACAGUUCAUGAAUCCGUUUAAAAAAAAAAGAUUAUUACAUUAGAUUCAUAAAAAAUACACUGGAAAGCUUUUAAUGAAAGUAUUCACCUUACGAAAAGCUUAUCAGCAUACUUUAAAACUAAACAUAGAUAUGUGGUCAGAACCUAACACGAGUUUAUACAUAUAGUUUAACCACGAAGUCAAACUAAAAUUUCACUACAGAUACUAGAAAAAGGAAUCGUCACGUCUUGUAUCGGUUAUUUUAUAAAUAUACGAUCUGUUCAGUUAUUUGCGCAGGAGUUAAGUCAGACAUAUCAUACACCAGUAGGUAGUCGAGUCGUUAAUAAAAUAUGUACUUUUUUGGUAAUUAAUAAUGCUACUACUAAUAAUACUAAGCGGUCUUAUAUAGCGCGGUACCCCAGGCUCACCGCGCUGUACAUAAGAAUAUUAUCAAAAGAGACAUAAACAUGACAUUAAUGAAAUACAAUUAUGAAAUUUAUGAAAUAAAGAACAGCAAAAAAAAUGUAUAUUCACCCACCCCACCACAUAACUUUUACAAGGCAAACCAUGGACGGCAGCCAGGAAGACCGUUUAUCAGUCAGAUGAGGGGAAUCAGUCAGAUGAGGGGAAUCAGUCAGAUGAGGGGAAUCAGUCAGAUGAGGGGAAUCAGUCAGAUGAGGGGAAUCAGUCAGAGGAGGGGAAUCAGUCAGAGGAGGGGAAUCAGUCAGAGGAGGGGAAUCAGUCAGAGGAGGGGAAUCAGUCAGAGGAGGGGAAUCAGUCAGAGGAGGGGAAUCAGUCAGAUGAGGGGAAUGAGUCAGAGGAGGGGAAUGAGUCAGAGAGGGGAAUCAGGCAGAGGAGGGGAAUCAGUCAGAGGAGGGGAAUGAGUCAGAUGAGGGGAAUCAGUCAGAGGAGGGGAAUCAGUCAGAGGAGGGGAAUCAGUCAGAGGAGGGGAAUCAGUCAGAGGAGGGGAAUCAGUCAGAGGAGGGGAAUCUGUCAGAGGAGGGGAAUCAGUCAGAUGAGGGGAAUCAGUCAGAGGAGGGGAAUCAGUCAGAUGAGGGGAAUCAGUCAGAGGAGGGGAAUCAGUCAGAGGAGGGGAAUCAGUCAGAGGAGGGGAAUCAGUCAGAGGAGGGGAAGCAGUCAGAGGAGGGGAAUCAGUCAGAGGAGGGGAAUCAGUCAGAGGAGGGGAAUCAGUCAGAGGAGGGGAAUCAGUCAGAGGAGGGGAAUCAGUCAGAGGAGGGGAAUCAGUCAGAGGAGGGGGAAUAAGUCAGAGGAGGGGGAAUCAGUCAGAUGAGGGGAAUCAAUCAGAUGAGGGGAAUCAGUCAUAGGAGGGGAAUCAGUCAGAGAAGGGGAAUCAGUCAGAGGAGGGGAAUCAGUCAGAUGAGGGGAAUCAGUCAGAUGAGGGGAAUCAGUCAGGGUAGUAUAAUUUAAAAAGAUGUGUUUUGAGUGCACUUUGAAGGCCUGGGUGGUUGGUAUAUAGCGUAUGUGUAGUGGAAAAGAAUUCCAUUGUUUGGGGGCGCAGAAAGAGAAAGAUCGUUCACCAUAUGUUAUAGUAUGUGUCUUUGGAAUUAAGCGGGCUACGUCGUUAUGAAGUUAUAAAUAUUAAUCAAUACAGUAUGAUAAAUAUUUGGGGCGUCGUGGGACAUUUUCUGAGAGCUGACGGACCACACGUGGCCCGCGGGCCGAGUAUGGGAACCCCUGCUCUAGCAUAUAAAUCAGCCAUCAGUGGACCCCAUUAGUGACAGUAAUGAAUUAAUUAGUGAUCAUUUAGAUUUGGUUACCGUUGGGGCAGCACGCUCGGAAACUUGUACAUACUGGGAGAUUUAAAAAAAAAUCUUUUGGUCCUUACUUUAAGAAAGAGAAUUUGAAUAUAAAAAUGGUUUACAUAUGUCUGAUUGCCAUUUUAUUAACCCACCCCCUUCACAUGGGGUUCCAUUCGAAGAUUUAAUGUGUUCAUUUCUUUUAACAUUAUUCCAUAGACUGGCCAGAAUUUUUUCAGCUGCAUCUCACAGCCUGGGGCAGUUUCCAUAGGGAUUGGCUGACCUUUAACAAAUCAACACUGGUCGUAUUUUAUGAUGAUUUAAUCUCCGAUCCCGUGGUGCAUCUGAGAAAGGCUUUAAACUUCCUACGGGUAAUUUGCGUUAGUAAACCUUACUGCGUUGUCGUUAUGAAGGCAUGCAUUUCCCAUUCUUUAAUUUGCCCACGAGUACUCAGUUCGUUUAAUUGAUUUUUUUUUAAUACUCGAUUUGAUUAUGAUUAAGCUUUUUAACCAUAGUAUACACAUAAUUCUACAAUUUACGGAACAAAUCUAGCUACCACACUUUUACACGCCACUGAUGUUUCGAAACACACGUAAACACCAAUCUCUUCAACACCUAAACCUCAAUACACUGCUCCUGAAAAAAAUCCACCAAUCUUAGCACCACCAUUUCAAAACUAAACCCACAAGUCCACAUCUCUCUGGCCACCACCACCACCACACUACAACCACAAAAGAACCACACUACAACCACAAAAGGACCACACUACAACCACAAAAGAACCACACUACAACCACAAAAGGACCACACUACAACCACAAAACCCCACCACCCCCCCCACCCCUCCCAAAACUCCCCCGAACCGCUUACCGCCCCCCCCCCCCCGGCCACUCCAAGAACAGAAACAUCAAGACAUUCUUCAGCACCAUUUAUGAGUCUGCAUUCAUAAUUCACAACUUCCUAACGUCACAUUACAUCACGAAACAUAACAUUACGUGGUUUAUAUUUGAAUUAUAAAUAUUUAUUAAGUCGUCAUUGCUUCAUGUACAGCAUCAAUUUAUAGAGCUAAUGAAAAUAUUGUCAUAUCAUGAAUGUGAUACAUUUGUAUUCUUAUGAGCUGUCCGUUCCAUAUCAAUCUCUUAUAUGUAUGUUUUGCUUCUGGUGUGUCCUGAUGCCUUUUCGAAACCGCCCUAUCCCAGCUCCCCAUGCUUUAUAGUAAUAGUAAUGAGGGACAAAAAAAGGCCGUCACGCGUGACGUGUGAACACAAGUCUUCAGGGAAGAGGCGACUAUUGUAUCAAUCAAUAAAGAACCUUGGGUGUGGAGUAGGAUUGUAUGUAGGUGUUUUGUUUAAAGGUCGACAGGUAAGGUGUAGGGCUAUCUUUAGGCCUAUUUCUCAAAUACCCGAAACAGGUGUAUACAAAAAUGCACUCGGUUCCAGUGCCCUAUAUAUAUAUAGCCAUUUCUAAAACUCUUGAUGUCGACGCCAAAAGGGAUCGUUGGGGAGCAAUGUUAAGCUUAACCAAAAAAAAAAAACGUUCAAAACCAACUGACAUGGUUUAGUGAAUCUUGUCGGUUAAUGAAUUUUCAGCUUUCAUAAAACAUAUUGUAUAACAGAAAUUUGUAAAUUUGUGGGUGUACGAAAAUAACAGUGCAAAGCUGAUUGAAUUAGCUUUGGAAAAAAAAUCCAAAAUAUCCCCAAAAAACCAAAUAAAAUUUAAAAUAAUGUUAGAAAUGAUAUUGAACAUGAAGGUUUUUUUAAAAAUAUGAAUGACAUACACCAUUUAACCUUAGAUCGCUCGUACAAUGAAAUAUACAUGAAAAGGUGUUAUAGUGACCUCUUCAUUCUUUAUCUGCAGGUGAAUGUAAGCGAGUCAAGGCUUGCGUGCGCCAUUGAUCAAAGUCUCAGGUACCGAAGGUCAAGGUCAAGACGCCAAACCCAGCUUUACAGCCCAGCGGAUCAGCAGAAGCUGGACGGAGUUUAUAAAAACAUAACUCAAGAAAUCUCACAGCGUUUCUGUUUCAGCGGAAGCUUGUAACGCAAUCGACUUUCUGGACAUGUCGACCAGAAGUAUCAACAUAAUCCACCUGCGGCUGGUUCUGGGUGGGCUUCAAGACAAAGCGUUGCUCAUAAACGCCUAAACUUAAAUAGGAUGGACAUAUUUCUAAUACAACUCAAUGGACAAUAAGACAGGUUGGACAAAAAACACGAAGAAUUGUCCACUUUAUUUUGGAUUGUCCUUUUUUUCCACUUUAUUUUGUAUUGUCCUUCUUUUUCCACUUUAUUUUUUAUUGCCCUUCUUCGUCCACUUUAUUGUGUAUUGUCCUUUUUUCCCACUUGAUUUUGUUUUGUCCAUCUUCGUCCACUUUAUUUUGUAAGGUGCCUCGUUGGAGAAGACUUUGAGAGCAAAAAUACAGAGACAGAAAAACGCAGGAAGUAGAUAAGCAGUUGACAGUUCUCUCUUAUAAUAUCUUAUUUAAUGACAUUUUUCUACUUUUGUCCUUUCUUUUUCUUUUUCGUUUCCUGCAAAUCUCAUGAGUGAUGUUUUUUUUAUUUCAUGGGGCCCUUCAGAAAUUAAAUUAUCUCUACCAUUCCGGUCAACAACAGGCUUUCCUCUAUCCGGUGUCUAUUUCUUAUUUUUAAGACCUCAACACAGUCCUCCUCGUAUUUCUCGUAAAACUCAAGUAACGCAAGAUUUUUGUUGUAAAAAAAACAAACUAAGGAGCCCCCCCCCCCCCAAACAAAAAAACAACCAGCAACCAGGGGCACGUAAGAUGUGUCUUGAUCGAUCGUACAAGAAGGUGCUAUGGCGAAAUGAGGUCGAAAGACAUGAUUUUAAGAACCAUCAAACGUUUGAGUGACAGUAAGAUUUGAGUCCAAUCAAGUUAGCCUUUUUGAUCAGGUUCUCAAAUCGUCAACACACUACGCGUACGCUAUCUCUUGAAAUUGUUCUCAUUGCCAUUAUAGAUGAAAGGCAUCGGCCGAAACGUUUACUUGUGUAUUAUGUAAAAUUAUUAUUAAAGCUGAACAUAUCUUGUUAUAUUGACA